UUGGCGAUAAAAAUCUAACCCUAAUCACAAAACACGAGAACAAUAGUGGAGUAACCAAUGUUUCUUCAUCCUCACUAUGCUAGGGGAUCCGCAUCAACGAUCUUUUCCAAUAACUGUGACCGCGAGCAAGUUUGUAUACGGUUUACGAUCGCUCAUCGACGCUAUUCCCAAUAGCAAUAUUGUCCUAGCUUACAUUCGAAGCAUCGGCCCAAAUUUUUUUGGCGUUAUCUACAUCGUUGCAAACUUGUGCAUCGAUUUAUGGCUUGCCAAAUCGGGUUCUUCGUUCGAAACCCCGUUGAUGAUCAGUGAAGCAUGGCAUCGAUGGAUUGGAAGCAAACUACCAGAUGUUAUGGGAAGCUCCCCUGAACAAGGCUAUUUGGCCCGUCCAACUUGGAGUUCAACUGGCAGAUUAAGUGGUCCUUGA